AUGGGGAAUGUCUUUGACCGCAAAGACAGAGGAAUAAGAGAACAUCGACUAAGUUAUGGACAAGGCCCAGCUGCUUUGAGGAACCAGGAGAGUUUGGACAAGGAGAAAAACUGUCCUCUACAUAUUGCUGUCACAGGAGAGCAUGGCUCUGGUAAAUCCACCUUUGUUAAUGCCAUCAGGGGUCUGGAUAACACUGAUGAAGGAGCUGCUCCCACUGGAUCUGUAGGGACAACAGAGGAUGUCAGACCGUACCCCCAUCCAAACCAUCCAAAUGUGACAUUUUGGGAUCUCCCCGGUAUUGGCACCAGCAAAUAUCCAUCUGCAGAGUUUGUGGAGCUGGUUAGAUUUGAGAGGUUUGACUUCUUCAUUAUUGUCUCAGCUGAUCGCCUCAGAGAAAAUGACGUGAAGCUGGCGAAGGAGAUCCAGAGGAUGGGGAAGAAAUUCUAUUUUGUUAGGUCAAAGAUCGACAAUAACAUCCGUGACAAAGAAAGCCGUCAGAGGGAGUUCGAUGCAGAGAGGACUCUCAUGCUGAUCAGGGAAAACUGUAUUCAGGGUAGGUGACAUAUAUAUAUAUAUAUAUACAUUAUCUCCAACACCAUUUAAUUCAGUAAUAAUGUUGACCCAAACCUGGCACACAGGCUUAUAAUACAGCUCCCAAGCAAAACAUAUAUGUGUAUAUAACAUCCACGCAGAAGACCCUGGAUUGCCAACAAGGUUAUUAAAUGAUGUUUUUCUUUCUUUGGUAACACAGGUCUUCAGGAACAAGGUGUCCGGUCUCCUCAGAUCUUCCUGGUGUCCAGCUUUGAGCUCCACCUCUAUGACUUCCCUCUGCUGGCGGACACUCUGGAGCGAGAACUUCCUGACCUCAGGAGGGACGCCUUUCUUUUUUCCAUGCCCAACAACAGCCUGGAGAUGAUCGACAGGAAGAAAACAGCCUUUCACUCCAAAAUCAAAUACUUUGCUGCUCUAUCUGCAGCUGUAGCAGCUGUUCCACUUCCAGGUUUUUCUGUUGUUGUUGAUUUCAUCUUGCUGGCUGCUGUUGUCUCUCAAUAUGUAUCUGGAUUUGGUCUUAACACCUCUAGUUUAAACAAAAUAGCCAGGUACACAGGUGUUCCCUAUCACGAUCUGAGGUCAGCCAUCUCUCCAUCACUGGCGGUGAAAAAAGUAGCUCCUGUUCUAGUAUUGAAGGUGUUUGUUCUGUGUGUCAGCUUAGCCACUCUAAUGAAGAAAGAGGAAGGGUACAGAUUUAUUCCAGUCUUUGUGAUCCCAGUCACCAUGGGCCUGUCUUUCCUCACUACCCACAGAGCUCUCAACAUUUGCCUUAAUGCACUCGCUAGUGAUGCUGGAAGGGUGUUUAGAAAAGCCCUAAGUUAA